AUGGCUUGUGAAAUCGGAAACAGGACCGUCCUAAAAUUCGACACCGAGGAUGGUGUCGCAGUGGCCCUGGCUAGAUACAUUGCCGAUCUCUUCGAAAGAUUUAUCAAAGAAAAAGGUUUUUUCAAUGUGGUCCUCUCAGGAGGCAGCCUCAUCGACACUAUGAGGUAUCUAGCUCGGGCCCCUUACAAGGAAUCAGUGGAUUGGCCAAAAUGGAGCAUAUUUUGGUUGGAUGAGAGGGUGGUUCCUCUGGACAGCAAGGAUAGCAAUUACAAACUUGCCUGGGAUGGACUUCUUAAAUACGUAACAUCUUAUUAA